UUACUAUACGUUACAUUACGUGCAACGUACACCGUACACCACACACCACACACACUACACACUACACACUACACACUCCAUUGAAGUACAUAGGCAUACGUUAGUGCACACAUUCAGUUAUGCGAAAGAACGUUACUAUUAUUUGUUGAUGAUAAAUCUCUCGUGUAGUUUGGAAUUAUUACAAUAUAUUUAGAAAGAAAUGUCUUACCAAUUAUAUAGGAAUACUACGUUGGGAAAUACGCUUCAAGAAAGCCUCGAUGAACUAAUACAGUAUGGACAGAUAACACCAGGGCUUGCAAUAAAGGUAUUGCUACAAUUUGAUAAAGCUAUUAAUCAAGCUCUUGCAACAAGAGUUAAAUCGAGACUUACAUUUAAGGCUGGCAAAUUAAACACUUAUAGAUUUUGUGAUAAUGUGUGGACUUUUAUGCUAAAUGAUGUUGAAUUUCGUGAAGUUCAAGAGGUUGCGAUAGUAGAUAAAGUAAAAAUUGUUGCCUGCGAUGGAAAAACGUUGGAUACAGAUGGAGCUGCAAAACGAUAACAAAUCUAGCAUUUCACAUAUACAAAAAA